AUGUCUGGUCUCGGCAUCGACUUCGGGCAGGCUUAUGAGCCUGAUCCCGCCGCCGCCGGUUCCAACGAGCGCAGGCAUGCUGCCAAGGCACGCCGCCAAUCUCCCUCUUCCAGCGAGCAGCUACAGCAGCCGCAGCAACAACACCGUCAAGAACACCGGAAGAAGCGCCCAUCUGCCACCCCAGCGAAAUCGGAAUCAUCGCACCGCUCGACGGCCUUGCCGAAGAAGUCGAGCUUCAGCAAGCUGCGACGGCCCACGACGGAUGACGAACGACUCGAAGCGCGGCGCGUUCGCAUCGCCAGCGGCGAGCCCGGCGUGCUGGGCCACGGCGCUUACACGGACGAGGACUUCCUCUCGCCCUCGAGCGCAACCUACAGCUCGGGCUCGGAAGACUUUGUGAUCCGUCGCAAUCCUCCAGCAAGCCUAUCGGCAGCCGUCAUGACAUUCGCAGCCUCGUCGCCACCGACCAACAGCGCCGGCGAGAGCAUGCUCACUUCCGACGAGAACUCGUCGCCCGGGACCGAGACGUCGGUGACAACCUUCUCCUCGGGGAGCAGCGGGAGGGGCAGAUCCAAGGCGCUCAAGAAGUACGCUUCGCAGCCGCAGCUCUCUCGCUCCGGCACGACGAAGCUCGCCGCCAGCAACCGAGGUCCGCCGCCGGCCAACUCCAAAGCCGUCAGCAGAAGCCUCAGCUCCACCAGCCUAUCGGCAAGCUACCGCUCCGACAGCGGCUCGAGCCUCGGUCGUUCCUCGGAGAUCCCUCGCAGCGGCAGUCGCAACGGCUCUGCUCGCGGCCAGGCCCGAGGCUACGGUCGCGGCGGCGCUCGACUCGGCCGCAACGCCAGCAGCGCCGGCCAGGAGGAGGCUAUGCAAGCGGAGGCGGACUCUAGCCGACUUGGGCAGCGGGACCCUCAACGACGAUCGGAGGCCAAGGCUGCACCGCCCGACCUGGCCAGUCGUAUCACGGUCCAAGCCGUCCCGAGGCCCGCCUCGGUCCGGUCACUCGCAUCGUCAUCGGAGAGCGGCAGCUCGUCCUUCGUUGGUCGUCCGUGCUUCGAUGGACCCUCUCUGCUCUCAAGGAUCUCGAUGGACGACAGUCCUCCCGCCAGCUCCGUAUCAGCCGGCGGCGAGACCGAUGAUGCCUCUCGUCCGACCCAAUCUCGCCCUUCGAGCAUGGUCGCCCCGAUCAGCAACUCGACGACGAGCGAUCGUGGUGCGAACACCGUCGAACGACCUCAGCAGUGGCGUGUCGGCAGCUUCUACGCUCCGGAUGGUCAAGAGACCGGCCGCAUCGAUGCGUAUGGUAGGGUCAGCCGUGAAGUCUCGCGAGAGCCCACCGUCGUCAGCAAGCCGUCCACCGCCUCCGUGGCAUCCAGCGGCGACCGCCUCUCGGCCCGGUCGAGAGCCAACAGCGUCGGUGCUCCACGUGCCAAGCUCAUGACGAGCCCGUCCCAGGCCAACUCCGAGGCGGCAGCACCUCGACUGGCGGGCGCAGACGAGGAGGCUGCCAAGCCGAGCAAUGCGGCCACCGCCAAUGUCCGGACCAUGUCGAUGCGAAGCGCCCGCGGGCUCCGAGGCCUCGAGGGUGCCGAGCGCGGCGAGGCCAUGGUCAGCUACGAUCGCCUCACCCGAGCCUUUGAGAGCGGCCUGCCCAUCAUGCCGGGCAACGUCGAGACCGCCGACCAGCAGAGCCUGCUCGCGUCGACCCAGAUCGAUUACAGCGAGGAUGCGGUGCCGGGAGGCCCAAGAGGCGCGCGAAUGUCGUCGUCGGUCAGCCAGGGCGUACUCGGCGCCGCCAGCGAAGCCAGGAGCGACGCGCUCCCCGCGAACGGCAUCCGCAACCGUCCUCGACGGAGCCUGUCCGAAGCCGCUGCGUCUACCGUUGCUCUGGAUCGCCAGGGAACCCUGCUCAGCACAGGCGCUAACCCGAUCCGACGCUCCAAGGAGCUGAACCGGUUGCUGGGCAACUCGGGGCGCAAGCUGCCAGCCUCGGCCGCGUCGGGUGGCGAACUCCCCGGCAGCGACAGUGACAAAGGCAAGGCCAAGCUGCAGCGGUCCAACGCCGUCGGCAGCCAGGCGGCGCCGCCGGCCGCGCUCGAGCAGGGGAAGGCCAGCAAGGCGCGCGUCGAAGUCGAUCUCGUCCUCGAGAGCGACCUGGUGGUGGAAGGCGGCACAAUGACCGGCCGCAUGCAGAUCAAGCUGAGGAAGGGCGCCGACAAGGAGGGCGCAGUCAUGCUGGCCCAGCCCAAGAUCCGCGUCGUCGGUUUCGAGGAGCUGCUCAACGACGACACGAGGCACAUCUUCUACCAUCAUGCCUCCGUCAUUGACGGCGACCGCAGCUCCGGAGGCCCGAGCGAACCUUACUACCUCCACGGCUCGCCCGACUUUUCCUCGCCAGAGGCUCGCGGGCACUCAUCGCUGCCGUGCUACGAAGGCUCGCCGGACUUUGAGGGCUUCGCCGUCGGCAAGGAAGGCACCCACUCGAUCCCUUUCAGCCUCGACCUGCCGAUCGCCAAGGGCGCCAAGGGCAGCUACCGCGGAAAGAACGCCGUCGUGCGCUACAUUGUCAUCGGCUCGGUCAAGCUCAAGAGCUCCGGCGGGUCGAACCGCUCGAUUGCGCACUUCUACCGUCACGUCGAGCUCUAUCCCUACCUGAACCCGGCCGUCGUCCUGUCGAGCGCGCCGCGACCGAUCCAGGCCUCGACGAGCAAGGGCCUCUUCCUGGGCGGAUCGGGCAAGGUCCACCUCACGGCAUCGCUUCACCGCGCCACGUGGGUGGCGGGUCAGCGCGUCUAUGUCAACGUCGCGGUCCACAACGAGACCAACAAGAAGAUCAACAGCAUGACGCUCUCGCUCAUCCGGACCGUCACCCUCUACCGGCCGCGGCCGGAGCUCGACGUGGCCAAGCGAGCCGACGUCGAUGGCUACUACGACCCGGACGCCUGCCAGACCUCGACCACGCGCAAGAAGAUCACCGAAGAGGCGCUCGAGAUGGGUCAGAAGGGGUCAAAGGGCGUCGUCACCGCCAAGGGAUGGUGGACCGGCGUCGAGACUGGCGGCAGCGUCGACUUCUCCCACUACACGACCCUCCCCAGCGACGCGCUCUCCAUCUCGCGCGGGCGGCACGUCGAGGUGACGUACGCCAUCAAGGUGUCGGUCGGAAGCUCGCUCUCCUCGGACGUGUCGGUCGAGCUGCCCCUGCGCGUCGUCAACUUUGUCUCGCUCGACCCUCCGCCGCUGCGGGGCGGCAAGUCAAGCGGAUCGUCGCCCGUCGGGCUGGACCGAGCCGACCGACUCAAAGGAUGGGCUCAGCCCGCCGGCGCAGGCCUCGGGGUCGAUCCGAUGAUCGCCAAGGUCAAGUCGAUCGAGGCCCUGCGUAGCCCGGUCAAGUCUGAGCUCUCCUUGCACGGCGGGCGAGGGAGUGGACCCGCGCCCCAGCCCACGACGCACGAGGAGAGCGAGCUCGAGCGCACCAAGCGGCUGCAGCACCAAAAGUCACUCGACUUUAUCAACCACGCCAUCAGGAGCGCCGCGGCCCGUCGCGGCGUGGCGCCUCCGAGCGCCGAGUCAAGCCCGCUGGGCCUCGGCAUCGCAAUCUCGGACGAGGGCGAAGGACCAUCCUCGGCAGCGGUGCAGCUUCAGCGCAACCUCGAUCCGGCGGGACCCGCCAACAGCCUGGUGCACCGCUCGCCAGCUGCAGCCUCUUCUCCGGGCACGGCCUCGAGCAUCGGGCCGAUCCACCCGAGCUGCUUGCCGUACGACCGCGAGAGCCUGACAUCGUCGCAGGGCUACAGGCCCGUGCCCAAGCUCCGCGUCAUGAACGCGGCAUCUGCCGACGAGGCCGGAGACGACGACUUUGACGGAUCCGACCCGGACCGCACCCUCGGCCUCAAUGACGAGUCGGUCGACGAGGUGGAUCUGGUCAUCGGCUCCGCCAAGACGGACCGAGAGAACUCGCCAAACUUCCGUGACGUCCAGUACAGCCGCGCCGAGGAUCCGGACCUCUCAAUCUCGUUUGAGGAGUCGGCCGCCUUCGACGAUGACGUUUACGAGAACGAGGAAGAGGACAAGGAUGCGAGUGGCCACGAGCAUGGCCGUGUCCAGGGCAUCGUGCACAACGUGGGUCGUCCCACGGCCUCCGUCGAAACCGAAGCUGGUCGCCAUGACGACGACGACGACGACGACUGCAUGGAGAUGAUCCCCGAGGCCGAAGACGAGGCCGACUUCUCCGCGACGCACGCGAAUGCUUGGCGCAGGGAGCGCGACCAGGUCGAGGAGGAAGACUGGGAGACGGACGAGCAGGAGGAUGUCGCCGAGGUCUCGCAGCUGAUGCAGGUCAUCCCGCAAAGCAAGCCGCCGGUUGAGGAGCCCGAGAUCGAGGAGACUCACACCGCCUCGCCGGCCAUCGCGCCCCGAAUCCAGCUCUCACCCUCGCCCAGACCGCCGGUAGCCGCACCCAACCCUCAAACCGUUACAGAGCAGCCGGAACGUGCUACGCCGCCAAAGGCAGCUCCUCGAGGCAGCAUCGCCAAGCCUUCCGCAAGCGCGUCGCCCGCCAAGAGCCCUUCAGGCAGGCCGGUGCAGGCCUCGCUGCCGAAGGUCUCACCGACGAUGGCAUCGCCCGGCCCAACGGCGCCCCUGCGCAUCCGAGCCAGGCCAUCGUCGCCCGUCAAGCCGUCGUCGCCCGUCAAGCCGCCGACGCCGUCCUCGCCGCAGAAGCCGCAGCUCAAGACCAAGUCGAGCUUCACGUUUGCGACGGGCCAAAACCCGCUCAAGACGAACAGGGAGACGCCCAACAUGUCGACGGCAUCGACGGGGGCCUCUGCUACCCCUGUUCUGCGCGCCAAGGUCUCGCAGGACCAGAUCGCCAGUCCACUCGUCCACAACCGAUCGGCCAAGGAGCGAAUGGCACCGGCGGACGCUAAGAUCGCUGCCGCCACCAAGUCGGCGGCACCCGCAGCGGCGCCGUCCCCUGCACCGAAGGCGGAGGAGAUGCCACGCAAGCGUGGUGCUUCCUCGUCGUCUUCCAAGCGAUCCAAGUCCGGUGCAGCUCGACGCAAGCAGGGUGGCGCCACCUCGGGCAGCGACACGCCUUCCGACACGACCGCCUCGUCGCCGGCCACUAGCUCUGGCGCAGACACGCCGGAGAGCGUCUGCAACGAGCUGCCCAGGUUCACUUCGACCGCCGCUGGGCGUCUCCGGGGCAUGAGCGUCUCUAGCCGCGACCAGGAGCAGGACCUGGGCCUCGAGACGGAAGACUUGGGCAAGGCCAAGACCGCGCCUUCGUCGGGGGCGCUGAGCGACCGCAUCUCGAUGCUUCCUCGAUCCGUCUCGUCGCGGGGCGAGCAGCUGACUCGUCCGGACAAGGUCGAGGGUGGCACGCUCAGGCACUCGGCGAGCACCACCGACCUGGCCGAUGGGACGCUGACGCGCUCCUCGAGCUCGCACACCCUGCGCGGCAGCUCAAUUGUCGUUCCCUCGGUGCGCAACAAGAUUGCUAUGCUCGAGAACCGCAACCAGGCGCUCAAGGACUUCACGGGCGGAGGCGGAGGCGGCGGCGGAGGCGCCGUCAGCCGGACGCCACUGCGUGGCGGCAUCCCGAGCAGCGUCAGCACCCCGACCUACGGAGGCGUCGUCGGCGGCGGCGGCGGUACGCCCGGUCGCGUGGCUCAGCUGGCGGCCUCGGCCGAAAAGGCAAAGCAGCAGCUGGCCAACACGACCUCGCCGCUCCGCCUCACGAGAAAGGAGAGCACGGCGUCCAUCGCCUCUUCAUCCGACGCCUCGUCCGCCCAGCCCGACUACCUCAAACGGUCCACCUCGAUCAUGAGCUUCAAGGCCCCCGUACUGCGCAGCGUCCAGCAGCAGCAGUAG